CUAUGACCAGCCUAACAAAUUAUUGUACUGUAGUUUUUUUCCGUUUGAAGCUAGUUCCCACAUACUCCCUCCGCCCAGAAGUCUAGAAGAACAUUCGAGACAUUUCGACGGGCAGACGUCCGUCUGCCCCUCGCCGGCCUCCGCUGCCAAAUACUGAUCGCACCAUCUGCUCCGCAAGUCUCGCCUCCUCCCUCCUCUCCUUCACGCGACGACUCUAAGAACCCUUGCUGGCCAAGAAAGUAGUCAGGGCAUUCCGACGAACAGCUGGUGGGCAUCCGUCUGCCCCUCGCUGGUCACCUCUGCCAACAAGAGAAGAGCACGCCGUCUUCCUCGACGCCGGUCGCUCCGCUUCAAUCGAGAUAAUGGAUGAUUUAGAUUGCCCAGCAGACGAUUUCGACUUUUGUCGAAUGUGCGAGCUCCCGAUGUAUCAAAAAGAUGACCCCAAAAAGUUCAUGGUCUUUGCAUGCCGUUCGUGUGGACUUGAGAAGCCAUGUGAUUUCCUUUACACUUUGGAGAAGAAGAGGGUCAAUGGGAUCUCAGUACUUCCAGAUGUGAAGGAUCAAGGAGAAAGAGGUAUAUGUGUGCCAACAGCACUGCUGACACUUGUAGAGGCUGAAAUUAAAACUUCUAAAGCUGAGAUGAAUGAAGACUUUAAUCAAGAAUUGUCCCUUGAUGAUCUGUUGAUGGAAUAUAAAGAAGAAGUUGGCGUUGAGGAUGAGGACCAUAAUGUCUCGGACCAUGAUGAUCAUAGAGCAAAGACACUUAUGGAAAUCAUGUUGGAAAGGGGGGUGAACCUCAAAGAUAAUCCCACGGGAGGUGAGUGCUUUAAAGCCCGGGAAGUUCGUCACUUAAAAAACCAGUCAUUCAGUGACUUGGCAGGCUAUAUACUAAAAGGGCAUCCACUGAAGAUUAAAAUGCCAAUCACAAAGAAGUUCUUUAAGUUGAAAGGAAGCGGUGAAAUGUACAUUGGUAUAGCAGGGACUCCAGAUAUGUAUACAAAGGACUCAGUGCAGGUUUGGCACUCGGUUGUCCUUGUUGGAUUUGGAAGAAAGGAAGGGGUUGAAUAUUUCCGAUACAUGAACAGUCAUGGAACCGAGUUUGAUGAUGGUGGGUUCGGUGAUCUGCAGGCAGCUGAGAUAAAGGACCCUUUCCUUAUUGUGAUUUAGGCAGGCAUGGCUCUCGAAAUUCAGUUUGCAAAAGUUAAUUUUGAGGAGCAUCAUCUUUUUGACAGAAUUGUUGAUAUCAACUUGUAACCCAUUCGAAAGUUCUUUCUUCAGUAUAUUUGGUAAGUCGGCAAACAAAAUCCUUCUUUUGUUAGCAUGCUUAGCGAUUCUUGUAUUUCAUGCACCAAAAUUUUACCCAAGUCACAAGCACGAUCAGCGCCUCUUAGGAAUUAUCUAAACUUGAGGAGCUGUCCUGCUCCCAGUAUGACUCUUUCAAUACAAUUAGGUACAACAACCUGUAUUGAGAGAUCUAAACUAUCUGGCCUUGUACAAUGAUUUAUUUUGUCCUAGAAAAUCUGGCUGUACCACAGGAAUCCAUAGUAGAAGUGAGUGGAUUGAGACACAAAUGUGCAAUAUAGAUGAUCAAUACUGGUGGUAACAUGUUCUGUUUCUUCCAAUUCUCAUUCCGUGAUUCCAAGUCUACUAUUUGAUAGUUAGCUGCAUAGUUCCGAGACCAUGAGAUUAUGUUCAGUUGUUACAAGUACAUGCUGUAUGAUAUGCUAUAUGUUACAUAGCAAAUGCUGUUGGCGAAGCCUCGACUUGCUGCGAUCAACCGACGAGUUCUUUCCGACGGUACGCGUACGUACGAAGCUGAACCAAAGUUACUGGAUCGAUUCCUGAAGAAACUCCCGUACGCCAAGCUAGCGGCGACUCGCCGGAACGGCUGCGUACAACAGACUUCAGGAACUCACGUAGACGAGACAAGGACGCGAGAGACACGCUGGAUUUGAUUGCACAAAAGGCUCGUGUCGUGCCUUUGCUUUGUAUUGAUUUUUUAUCUGAUCUUACAACGUAGGGGUACAGCUAUAUUUAUACUAGUACAAAGCUAGCUAACCCAAACCGAGUCGGUGACUGCUCCUAGUCCAUACCGGACAGGACUUCUACUACGUGGUUGAUUCCAACAAUCACCCCCCCAACCACGAUGUCCUCACUUCACAGCUUGGACACGCGAUCCUUCCCC